CCCCCAAAAAAUCCAUAGGUAUAUAGUUCCAAAUCCUAACGCAAAACAUGGCUCUACCAUUCUCCCCACGAAUCCCCUUUUUAACUUCUCCAGCCUUCAAAUUUUGAGUGCAGUCACAGGAGUGCUUCUGGUGUUUGUAUGUGCGUAAAAUAUGGAGGGGAUUCUCAUUCCUGGUUUGCCCAAUGAUGUCGCCCUGCAAAUCCUGGCCAGAAUACCAAGGGAAUAUUAUUGCGAAGCAAUUCCCAGAGUUUCUUCUUCAUGGAGGGAAGCUGUAAAAAGCCCUGAACUUUUUGCUCUGCGAAAGCGCCUGCGCGUUACGGAAUCAUGGAUUUACGCAGCUGUGAAGGACCCGUUCUUCAUCCGCUGGUGCGCCAGGAAUUCAACUGCGGAGGAUUCAGAGUGGUGGCCGUUGCCGUUAAUGAGGGAAGAACACAGGCCAAUAUGUGGGUUCAGCUGCGCAGUAAUUGGCGAGCUACUGUUUGUAAUUGGCGGCUGUGAAGUGCAGGAAUAUGGUUCACAUUGGCCGGCGAUCAACAAAGUGAGUGUCUUCAACGCCCGAACAAAUCGGUGGAAUUGCUUGCAGGAAAUGAAAGAUGCACGGCUAUUUUUUGCCUGCGGAGUAGUUAACGAGAAACUUUAUGUUGCAGGUGGGCAGAGAUCCUAUUGCCCUUAUGAUUCCGAUUGUGACGGAGAUGAUCUGACUGCCUUGAAAUCCGCUGAAAUGUAUAAUCCCUUGACAUAUGUGUGGACCCCUGUGGCGGACAUGAUCCAUGCUAAGUAUAAGGUUCAUGCCUCUAUCAUAGACGGCAGAUUUGUUGUCCAUGGUUAUUUAGAGCGCAAGAUGGCAGAGGCAUUUCAAGCUGAGGAGAACAGGUGGGUAGAAUUUGAUGGGGUUGAAGAGAAUAAAACAGAAAUUGAGGAAGACGAUGAGAAAUGUGGACUGAUAAGUCAUGCCGAAGCUUUUGUUGUGAUAUCAAUAUAGAUAUUUAAACGUCGUAAGGGGUAACGUUUCUUCAUUUUGUUUUAAUUUAAAUUCUGCAAUCAAAUUCAUAGUUAUCUGGUUUCAGUAAGAAGUAAAUUUCUGAGGGGAUUUAGAAUGUCAGCCAAAAUACCCACCAUGUAGAUUCCUCCCAAACCAUUCCUGCAUGGUAAAUCUGUUGGAAUGUAAUUUCUCCUGCCACCGUUUACAGCCUUCAGUUUCACAGUUAAACUUCAGUUUCCACCGUCGUUAAUUUCCAGGUUGCAUGCAUUGACAAAUAGUUUAUUCCCCUAAUCAAGCUCGGCGAAUAAUGCAUAAUAGAUGCAUGAAACAAGUAAGUGCAGUAUAAGUUCAGCUUUAAUCUUUUUUUUUUGGGAUAUCUUUCUCUAUAAGAGAUUCCAUAUUUUGAGUUGUAUUCAUACAGAAAAAGACCUCUGUAUCGAGGCAGCAUGUAAUGAAUCUAUCAUGAAUUCUAAAUAAAGACUUUUGUGUGUAAAA